UAGAGCGAAUGUUGUCCCCACGGGCUAUGAAAGAGAGGGCUGUGCAUCCUUAUGCAGAGCUUGAUGCGCAUGUGUUUUUGCAUUUUUUUUUGUUUUGUUUCUGUAAACACAGCGUGUCAGCUUCACAUGCGUGCUGCCGAUGCUCACGUCCCUCAGUGAUGGAGUAUAGCAUCAGAGGAAGCCUUUACAGAGCAAAGCCCAUUGGCCUGUUUUUUAUGUGAGACCACGGGAACGUCAAGCUGAAUGCAGCGCUCAUCAGGCAGCCGCUUUUCCUGGCCUUCCUCCUCCCUCUCACCUCCUCCUCCUCCUCCUCCACGGCGGUAAUCCUUGCUGACACAACGCACAAAGGACUAAAUGCUGGCUGCAUCCUCCAGCAGCAAGGCACUCUCCUCUUCCUUCAGCUCUGAUCCUCUACAGCCUGUUUGUCUGUACACUACAGAAGGAUGCUGGUUCUCAGGAUGUAGGAGCUGCUUCCUCUCCUUCCUGUUUUUGUCGGUCUCUGUGUUCACCCUGCUGCACAUCACUAUACCAACAGUCACCCCUGAUCUGUUCCCGGAAACAACCCUUGUGCCGUCCUUACCAGCAGUACCAUCGGCACGAGCCGGCUCUGCACCUCAGAAGCCCCGGAGGCGCAGCAGCAGCGGACGUGACAGCGUUGCCAGGCCUCAGACGUUGCCCUCAGCCUGUCGGCCAGGCCCCAAAAGAGGCAGCAUGGAGGUAGGCAUGCGUGUUGUGCGCGGCCUGGACUGGAAAUGGGGAAACCAAGAUGAUGGUGAGGGCCAUGUGGGUACUGUGGUGGAGAUCGGGCGUCAGGGCAGCACUACAACUCCAGACAAGACGGUGGUGGUGCAGUGGGACAGCGGCACGAGAACCAACUACCGUACUGGCUACCAGGGUGCCUAUGACCUGCUGCUUUAUGAUAACGCUCAGAUUGGGGUGCGUCAUUCCAAUAUCAUCUGUGACAGCUGCAAGAAGCAUGGAAUCAUGGGAAUGCGAUGGAAGUGCAAGGUGUGCUUCGAUUAUGACCUGUGCACCCAGUGUUACAUGAACAACAAGCAUGACCUGAGCCACGCUUUCGAGCGUUACGAGACAGCACACUCCCAGCCGGUGAGCCUGGCACCGAGGCAGAACCUCCCACGAAUCAUCCUCAAAGGAAUCUUCCAGGGGGUUAAAGUGGUUCGUGGACCAGACUGGGACUGGGGCAACCAAGAUGGUGGGGAGGGUAAGGUUGGGAAGGUAGUGGACAUUCGUGGCUGGGACAACGAGUCUGGUCGCAGCGUGGCCAGUGUCACCUGGUCUAAUGGCACCACUAAUGUUUACCGAAUGGGCCACAAGGGCAAGGUAGACCUGAAAUAUGUGACAGAUGGCCAGGGAGGCUUCUAUUACAAAGAUCACCUACCAAAACUUGGAGAGCAUGCAGAGCUGCAGCGUCAGGAGAGUGCAGACGGCCAUUCUUUCCAGCAGGGUGACAAGGUCAAAUGUCUGUUGGAGGUAGACAUCCUACGGCAGAUGCAGGAGGGCCACGGAGGGUGGAACCCCAAAAUGGCAGAGUACAUUUGCCGGAUUGGGACGGUUCACAGAAUCACUGACCGAGGAGAUGUCAGAGUCCAGUACAGCAACAAUAUCCGCUGGACUUUCCAUCCUGGGGCACUCACCAAGGUGAACACGUUUGGAGUUGGGGAAUUAGUGAGAGUAUUGGAAGACAUGGAGAGCGUGAAGAGACUGCAGGCUGGCCAUGGAGAAUGGACAGACAGCAUGACUCCUGUGCUGGGCCAGGUCGGCAAGGUGUUGAAAGUAUAUGCAGAUGGUGACCUACGGGUAGCAUUUGGAGGCCAGACAUGGACAUUUAACCCAGCGUGCCUCUCAGCCCAACCCAUGGAGGUGGAUGCCAACCUCAUGACGGCCGAGAACCCCAACGAAUCUGGAAGUACUGUCAUCUCAGUGCUGGAGAAGCUGCUCUCUCAGUCCACAGAGCAAGACAAUCCCAGUCGGCUAGUCAUUGAGGCAGCGCAUGGCAGUGCCAGCAAGGUGCGGGAGCUGGUGCAGAAGUAUCCUGACAAGGUGGAUAUCAAGAACCAAGGCAAGACUGCGCUGCAGGUUGCUGCUCACCAAGGCCACAUGGAGGUGGUGAAGGCCCUGCUGCAGGCAAACAGCUCAGUUGAGGUCAAAGAUGAAGAUGGAGACACGGCAUUGCACUACACUGCUUUUGGUAAUCAGGCGGAGAUCGCGCGGCUGCUGUUGAGUAAGGGGGCAAAUGUCAACCUCCUGAACAACUCCAUGUGCACGGCGCUCCACAUCGCCGUCAACAAGGGCUUCACUGACGUGGUGCGGGUGCUAACUGAACAUUCUGCUGAUGUCAAUCUCCAGGAUUCAUACGGGGACACGCCGCUCCACGACGCCAUUGCUAAAGAUUUCCGCAAUAUCAUUGAGAUCCUGUCCGUGGUGCCCAACAUUGAUUUCACCCAGCAGAACCACAGAGGCUUCAACCUGCUGCACCAUGCUGCCCUCAAAGGAAACAAACUGGCCACAGAAAAGAUCCUGGCCCGAGCACGGCAGCUGGUCGAUGUUAAAAAAGAGGACGGCUUCUCUGCGCUGCAUCUGGCGGCUCUCAACAACCACAAAGAUGUCGCAGAAAUCCUCAUCAAGGAGGGGCGCUGUGACAUCAACAUCCGAAACAACCGGAACCAGACGCCGCUUCAGCUGGCGGUGACGCAGGGCCACACAGAGUUGGUGCAGCUGCUGGUGGACGAGGGCGCCGACGUCAACAUGGAGGACGAGGACGGUGACACGGCCAUGCACGUGGCCCUCCUCCGCCCGCAGCUGGCCAACGUUAUGCUCAGCCCAUCCGUAGGUACCAGCAGCAGCGAGGAGAGCAGCGACGGAUGUUCCUCCACGUCUCUGUACUGCAGGCUGAACGCGACAGGUCUUCUGGGGAGUACGGAGCUGAGCGUAGGCACAGCUGUCGCCUGUUUUCUAGCGAUGGAAGGUGCUGACAUCAGCUACGCCAACCACAAGGGCAAGAGUCCUCUGGACUUGGUGGCAGACAGCACCAUGCUGCAGCUCAUCAAGAGCUUCUCUGAGAAGCACAGGUUGCAGCGCCUGCAGGCCAUCACAUGCGGACAGGGCCUGAGCAGCGCCAGCCUGCGGCGGGUCCACACGACGCCCAACACCAUGACCAACCUGGUUCUACCAACGCCGCCCGGGCCCAGUGAAUGCCUCAUCUGCUCCGAGCUGGCUCUUCUGGUUCUCUUCUGCCCCUGCCAGCACAGUGUGGCCUGUGAAGAAUGUGCCCAUCGCAUGAAGAAGUGCAUCAAAUGCCAGGUCACAAUCACCAAGAAAAUUAGGCAAGACCAAACGGAGGUGGACUGCAGCCCCGGCACCGAGAACUCAGAGCAGCACAACCUGCUCGAACAACUGCAGUCCCGCUACCGUCAGAUGGAGGAGAGGAUGACCUGUCCCAUCUGCAUCGACAACCACAUCAAGCUGGUCUUCCAGUGCGGGCACGCCUCCUGCAUCGACUGCAGCGCCGCGCUUAAGACCUGCCCGAUCUGCCGGCAGACCAUCCGCGAGCGGAUCCAGCUGUUUGUCUGAGCUUCUCUCUCCGCUCAGUCCAGAGAAUAGUGGAGGGGGGCAUCGGAGAGAAGCGAGGCUGGGGAUGGGCAGUGGGCAGCUGUUAUUUUGGACACCCCCAGUAACCCCAACCAUCCCCUUGGAUCAGCCUACAGGCUGCUUGACUAUCAGAUGCUGUAUUAAAUCACUGAGAGGCCACCUUGUGUUCGGAGUAGCUUUCAUCGAGCAGCGCAGGCAGGAACGUGUUUAUUAAUUUAAUUCGAUUUUCAGCUCCAGGACAGAUGUUUAGCUGAGUACGACAGUCAAAGUCACGAGACGCCGCCGCUGCUUUGAUUGGCAAGCUGGGAGGGUAAAAAAACGCCCCUCCCCUCACUCACUACUUCUUUUCCUCACUCCCACCCAGCCUCUGCCUCGUGUAAUCUGUCCUCUCUUUGCUGCUUUAAGUGGAUGUUUGUCCCAUCAUCCUCUCUGGCUCUCUGGCCACAUCUGUUUACAAGGCUGCGCAGAAAUCACUUCUCAUCUUGCUCCUCAGCCUGUCCUGUGAAUUAUGUUUGCUCUCAUUUGUAUCAGUCUCUUAAUAAUCAGUGUUAGUCUCUGCAGAGGGAGUUGGUAUAACUAAAGGCUCUCUAUAUAAUCCCCAACCAAUUGUCUGUAUGCAAGGGGAAAUACACACUGUAUAUGCAUGAACAUAUGCAUAUUGCAAAGCUGAAAAGGACCGUGUCGUCAUGGGUGAUUUGUUGUCGUUUUCUUUCUCUCUGCUUACAUUUGUGGUUUAUAACGUACCUACGAGUACAGGUGUGUAUUUAUGUGUGAAAGGUGGUAUUACUUAGUAAUGUCCUUUUUCGGCCAAAAGGUUUUUGGUUUCUACUGAAGUUCACCCCCAAGCCUAUGUCCUCUACUCAGGGUAUCAAAUCAUUGAAAGCACUUGGAAUAUCCAUACAGAAUUAAAGAGCCACCCCCAGACACACACACACACACACACACACACACACACACACACACACACAC